GUGUUCUAGUGUGGCAGUGUGGGUGUGGUCUAGUGUCCGAUCACGUCAUGUGUGGGGUCGGCCGAUCAGUGCUCGUGACAGGCUCCUGUGACACUCACUCCAAGCUCGGGACAUCCCGAGUGCUGAGGCUGUCCUGCACUGACCCUUGGGCCCUGGACUUCAGAUCUCCUCCACCAACAACUAAAUAUCUCUCCGCUUCCAUAUCCCCAUCCUCAUCCUUAUCGAUCCUACUAUCCUCUGGCCUGGUCGCAUCAAAAACCACCACCACCACCAUCUUCAAGUUCGAAUUGUUUUUAUCAGUCUAGCUCAUUACCAUUACCCUCCUUCUAUCCUAUGUCUGGACACUGGUUCAAGAUAGUCUCAGGCGCCUGCAAAUCUAAACACGCCCCACCAAAAUCCAAAUACAUCGACGCCCUCGUCUCAUCCACCUAUCAGGCCGACGGAUCCUUCCAAGAUGUCUCUCGUGCAUUACGCUCAAAACUACGGGAUCCCAACUCAUCCGUCGUCUUCAAAGCACUCCUCGUCAUCCACACUCUCAUCCGGGCCGGUAAUGCGGAAGAGGUGAUGACCUACUGGUCAGGUCUCGAUGGACGUGACGGGCGAUCCCUCGGGCUGAAAGAUGUCGUCUCCACCACCGAUACUCCUCAAAAUCUAUCUCGUUAUGCCAACUAUCUAUUAGCAAGAUUCAAGUGCUAUGCCGCACUCAAGCACGAUCCUAUUCGCACUCGAUCUGAGGCGCCCGCCUCACUUCGCAAUUCUUCUCGAAAUGGAGCAAACAGAAUCCGAUCACUGACGGUUGAAAAAGGCCUCUUGCGCGAAGUAGGAACACUACAGAAGCUAAUGGAUGCUCUCGUAGAUUGUAAAUUUUACUUGGAAGAUACCGAUGACGACUUGGUGAUGUCUGCAUUGCGGUUACUAGUCAAGGACUUGCUAGUUUUGUUUCAAGCCGUCAACGAAGGCGUCAUUAAUGUUCUAGAGCACUACUUUGAAAUGUCACAUGUCGAUGCUACUACAGCUCUGAAAACCUACAAGAUUUUUUGUAAACAAUGCGAAAAAGUGGUAUCUUAUCUGGGUGUCGCAAAGAAACUCCAAAACAUAAUCAACGUCAACAUUCCCAACUUGCGACACGCCCCAGUUUCACUUUCCGGAUCUUUGGAAGAAUAUCUUAACGACCCAAACUUUGAAACUAACCGGCAAGAGUAUAAGGAGAGCAAGCGAAUAGCCGACGGCCGACCUGCUCCCGUGGCCUCUACCCCAAAGCCAAAAGUUAACGAAUCUGCCACUGUACCACCAGCCCCUUCAACUCAACCAGCAGCCCAGCCAGCCGAAUCACAAAAAGCAUUCAUCGAUUUCUUUGAGUCGAUCGAAUCCGAACAGCAGUCCAUGUUUAAUCCCAACUCAAUGUCGCCAACCUCAAGCUAUUUUCAACAACAAGCUGGCAUAAAUCCUUUUGGCCAACAGAACGCCGGGAUACCGACAAUCAAUACAGUAUUUCCUCAGCCAACGGGUAUGAUGCACCACGCUCCUGGUAGAGAGUCCAUGGGUCAGGCUCUGUUUGGGAACCUUAAUGGACCUCAACCACCCCAGUUUCUGCAAUCACAGCCUACCGGAUUCUCACCCGGUGGUCAACUUUUUAAUCCAGUACAACCUCAGCUCACUGGUGCUGUGAAUCCUUUCCGUCAGAGUACCUUCAGUACCCAUAGCAUGGGUAAUAUGGGCAUGGUGUCAUCUCAACCUACCGGGGGCAAUCCAUUUUCACAGUUUGGGUCAAAUCCGACGAUCAGUCUAUCGACAAUUCCCAGCUCACCAUGGGGACAUUCAUCCGGCCAACCUGAUCGAUCAAAUGGCGCGAUGUCAGCACCUCCAACUCAAGCAGCGGCGAUGAAUAACUUUGACGUACUUUCGCCGAUCAGCUCUGCAGCCUCACCAUCUAGCAAUCACUCAAUUGCCAGCCCCCUCAAAGCUCAAGUGACUGGCUCCCGGAAUCCGUUUGCGUUACUCCCCGGGUCCACCUCGACACCGCCUGUUCCCAAACUGCCCUCUGGUGGCGCCCCAUCAUUGAAUGCUCUUGCGGCAUCUGCCUUCUCUCAAUCGAUGGUCCAGCAACGCGCUCGCGAACAAGCAGCCCAACUCCAAUUUCAACAGCAGCAGCAAAGACAACAGCAACAAAGCGCUCAACCGACUCACUCCUCAGACUUCCCCGACCCAGCCACUCAGGAACGAUUGGAGGCAGAGGCUCGGAAGAAGAAGGAGUUCCAAGAGUUCUUCGGCAAACAAUUGUCCAAGUUAGAGGGAGGUGGAAAGGAUGUACAGAGCGCGAAUGCCGUCGGCACUGGCGGCUUAUUCAGCAAUGUGGCCAGCGAGUUUGCGGUUACGAAGCCGAAGGAGCAGGAAGCGGGAAGCUUUGGGGGAGGAUCGGGACUGAUGAGCCAACCGACGGGCUUCAACGGCUCGGCCUUUGACAACCAGUCUUCCCUCCUCAACGCUCUCCCCCCGAUCAUGCCCCAACGCACCGGAUUCGGCGGCUCGACCAUCAAGCCCUUCCAGCCCUCCUCCUCCUUCGGCGCCUCCCUUGCCGCCCAACUCGAACAAAGACCCACCGAAUCUGGCCCGCUCGGUGCUCAGUCUACUAACCCCUUCGGGGCCGGUAUCUCCAAUCAUUCUCCUAAUCAGCAGGACCUCAUGGGGUUCAAUCCUGGCUCGAAUCAAACCUGCUAAUAAUCAACCUUGUAUUCCUACUCAUACUCCUAGUUUAAUUUAAUCAUUACCAACACCCCUCCUCAUCACUUCUUCGUUCCGCUUCUUUCUUUCUUUCAUCGCAUGUUUUUUGUAUCUCUUCCUUCUUCCUUCCUUUCUCUGGUUAUUCGGGCUUCAAUAAUAAAAAAAAAAAAGAAACCAAUCAUUGAUCUCAAAAAAGAAAAAUGGUGGCGGUGGUAGGCAGACAAUAUGUGCAGGGCCAUUCAACACACUUGCAGUCUCUGGUGAUGACUGGGGUUUCAUAUGUCCUCCCUAGUCACUUCUAUGCCAAGUAUAUUCAUUCCAAAAAAAAACAAACAAAGAUACUUCAACCAAAAAAAAAAAUCACAAAAACAUGUUUUGCUUUUUUUUUGUCAUGCUUUUUAGUUAUACUUGGGUAUUUAUCUCAUUGGCUGGGGCUUUCAUCAUUUGUUCUUCCCACCGCAUUUUGGUUGGCUUUAUUUCCCAUCCUUUAUCUUGGCUGUAUUUCCUUUUUUUUUGGGGAGGGGGUGAGAGCUUGAAGUGUAUGAAUUGAACAAAAUUAGAAACCUGUACAUAAAUUGGUUUGUGUUACUUGUCUCAACAACAUGUGUUAUCACCAAUC